AUGGGUAGCGGUGACAAUGAGUACUGGGAAGGAAGAAAGGGAUGCAAGCCUAGACAAGGGAACCCAAGGGCGUGCUGUAGUAGCGCAGGUGCUGCUAUGUACAUACAGGGAUGCUGCUGCGCCAGCACAACUGUGUGGGUGCACGCGACGCGCAGAGCCGACACGCAAGGGCAAAGCAAGGGGGGGGUUGGUCCCGAGAGACCAAGAUUAUUGACGACCGUCAAUGCGCAGAAAUUCACCCCCAUGCUGAAGUCCAAAUCUGAAAAACUGUGGGCCACCAGUGUGCCACGGAUCAUGACUUGGGACCCCUGGAUCCGGGUGUGGGUCCGGUGCGGUACGUACUAA